UUACACGGGAUAUCCAGGGAUAUCCAGAACUGUUCAGAACUUUGUAGAAAGUGGUAUAACGUGCUACGCAAUAGUGUAACAAGCAGUAACAAGUGAAAAAGAUACCUACGAAGCGGCGAGUUUUAUUCGGAGUAGUUAAUUAACAACUUCAUAAGAUGGGGAAAAAAGGGAAAGGAAAAAAAGCGCAAAAGGAAGGAGAGCCAGUAGCACCUCCUUCACAGCAACAGACUCCAGAUGCUCCACAACAACAGAGUUCAACUGUUUCACAAGAUGGGUCUCAGGGACAACAGAGACGAGGUGAUUCACAGGACCAGUCUCAGCAACAACAGAGACAAGGUGGUUCACAACAACAGAGACAAGGUCAACCACAGCAACAACAACCAACUGCUCCACAGCAACAAGGGCAGCAUGGUGCCUGGCAACAAAGACCUAGUGUUCCUCAGCAACAAGGACCAACUGCUCCACAGCAACAAAGACAGAGUGUUCCUCAGCAACAAGGACCAACUGCUCCACAGCAACAAAGACCAACUGAUUCACAGCAACAAGGGCAGCGUGGUCCCUGGCAACAAAGACCAACUGCUCCACAGCAACAAGGGCAGCGUGGUCCCUGGCAACAAAGACCAACUGCUCCGCAGCAACAAGGGCAGCGUGGUCCCAGGCAACAAACACAGAGUGUUCCUCAGCAACAAGGACCAACUGCUCGACAGCAACAAGGGCCGCAUGGUCCCUGGCAACAAAGACAGAGUGUUCCUCAGCAACAAGGGCCGCAUGGUCCCUGGCAACAAAGACAGAGUGUUCCUCAGCAACAAGGGCCAACUGCUCCACAGCAACAAAGACCGAGUGUUCCUCAGCAACAAGGACCAACUGCUCCACAGCAACAAGGGCUGCGUGGUCCCUGGCAACAAAGACCAACUACCCCACAGCAAGGAUCCCAGCAGCAAUCUACACCAAUUAUUCCACAGCAAGAAUCCGAGCAGCAACCUGAACCAAGUACUCCACAGCAAGUAUCCCCAAUAUCUUCGGCUGCAGCCAAGCAACUGGAAACUUUUAAAGCGAGACCGGGUUCUAGAAAGUCUGUACUACCGUUUUCUUUGCAAGAAAUGUAUUUGGAACAAAUACCAAAGAGAACCAGUGCUGAGGGAGGAAAAGCUGGAAGAAAGAUUGUUGUGGAGACUAAUAUGUUUAAAAUUAAUUUUCCUUCAACAUUUAAGACAGAUGUUGUACAUUAUGAUGUAGUUAUUGAUCCAGAUAAACCAAAGUUUUUAAUGAGACCAAUUUUUGAGGAAUUUAGGAAGAAGUAUUUUCCAAAUAGGUACCCAGCGUAUGAUGGAAAAAAGAAUGCAUAUAGUGCAGGAAAUCUUCCUUUUGGUGAUUGUAGUAAAGAAGAGGAGAUACAGGUUUUUGAUGAAGAACGUCAACAAACACGCACUUUCAGAAUGUAUAUGAAGAAAGCUGCAGUUCUUGAUUUGUCAUGGUUAAAAAAUAUAAAUUACAAUUUCAACGAAAUGCAUAAAGAACAGCAGGGAAUACAAGCCUUGGAUAUCAUCCUGCGAAAUGGCCCUGCGUAUCAUUCUAUUACUGUAGGCAGAUCACUUUUUCAACACCCAGAACCAGGCAGAGUUGUAUCAUUGUCAAAUGGAGUAGACUUGUGGGUUGGUGUAUUCCAGUCUGCCGUGAUCGGAUGGAAACCUUAUUUAAACAUAGAUGUUGCCCACAAAGGAUUUCCAACCCCUCAGUCGGUUAUUAAUUUGAUAAAAGACCUUUGUAAACCACCCAGAAGUUACGAACCGUUGGUGAAUGUAACGGCAAGAGAUAUACAAUACAACUCUGAGAAAAUCACCAAGUUUCUGAAAGGAUUAAAGGUUCAGUAUAAAAUACCUGGUCAAGAAAGUAGUAAAAGGACAUACAGAGUAAAUGGAUUGGUUGAGUGCCCAAGGAAAAAUAAAUUCUCCUUAGAAAAUGGAACAUCCUGCACAGUGGAAGAUUAUUUUUCACAACAAAAAGGAUAUAGGAUACAAUACCCCGAGCUGCCUUGUCUUUGGGUGGGAUCUCGAACGAGUACCCGGAAGAUACAUCUACCUAUCGAAUUGUGUACAAUUGUGGCCGGGCAAGUCACGCAAAAGAAAUUGGAUGAAACUCAAACGUCGAAAAUGAUUAGAGAAGCAGCGACCAACACUCAAACACGUAAAGAAAAAAUCUUGAGCGGAUUUGCAAAGAUGAGACUAAAUGAGCAACCAACCUUAAUGAAGGAAUUUAACUUGUCUGUAAGUGGAGAAUUUGAGAAAGUACCGGCUAGAGUACUCCAAGCUCCAAGAUUACGGUACGAUACUAAAGAACCGGUUAACGUACUGAAAGGAGUAUGGCGGGCAGAUAGAUUUUUAAAACCAUCCAGUCUACCAGAGAAUUCAUGGACUAUUUUGAAUUUGGACAAAUAUACGCAGAAUCGUGAUUUGUAUGAGAAUUUACAUGAUAAAUUACUAAACGGCGCUAAAUUCAUCAAUAUGUCAAUUGGAAAAGCACUAACACCAUUUGCGACCUUAACUAUAGCAGGUAGAAAUUUUAGUAAUAUCUCGCAGUAUUUCGAAGACCAAAAGAAACUGAAUUUACGACUAGUGGUUGUAGUAAUUCCAAAUUUUGACAAUGCAUACAGUCUGGUUAAGCAAAUUUCCGAAUUGCAAAUAAAAGGUGGUAUAGUAACUCAGUGCUUAAAAGCGCAGACAUUAAGAAAAAUGUCUGACGCGACGGUUACGAAUAUUUUGUUGAAGAUUAAUUCCAAGCUGAACGGAAUUAAUCAUACGUUCGAACGCCGUCCACCUUGCUUGGAGAGACCAUGUAUGUUGGUUGGCGCGGACGUAACACAUCCGUCCCCCGAUGCUGUGGACAUACCUUCAAUCGCAGCGGUCGCCGCAAGUCACGAUCCAUUGGCUUUUCAAUAUAACAUUGAAUUGAGACUCCAAGCGCCGAGGGAAGAAAUGAUUCAAGAUCUUGAAGCGAUCAUGCGCAAGCAGUUAUUAUUCUUUUAUCGGCAAACAGGGCAUAAACCAGAAAAAGUCAUUUUCUAUCGAGACGGCGUGAGCGAAGGCCAACUUCCUCAAGUGAUGCAUUUUGAAUUAAAUGCUAUAAAAAAAGCUAUCGCGCACCUGGAGAAAAGCGACACGCAUCAAAUUCCAAUAAUAUUUCUUGUGGUUCAAAAGAGACAUCAUGUGCGUCUUUUUCCUACCGAUAAAAGGAAUUCAGACGAUAGAAACUUUAACGUACAAGCCGGUACGAUUGUUGAUACAACAAUUACCCAUCCAACUCAUAUAGAUUUCUACCUUGUGUCGCAUGCUAGUAUUCAAGGUACUGCCAGACCAACAAAAUAUAGAUGCAUAUGCAACGAAAUUGGGAUGUCAGAAGAUGAAAUUGAACAACUAACAUACUACCUUUGUCAUAUGUUCGCACGCUGCACUAGAUCGGUUAGCUAUCCCACGCCUACUUAUUAUGCUCAUUUAGCUGCUUUCAGGGCCAGGGCACUCAUACACAACGUGCCUUUAAAUAUGGCCAACCUCGCGGAGGAGCAACAAAAGAAUAUGUCUUUACAAAUGCAGAAUUCACCAAUGUUUUUUGUUUAAAGAUAUGUUUACAUAUAUCAUGUUUAUAAUGAAUAUUUAUAUUCUGCUUUAAUAAUUCUUUUUUAAGUAAUACAUAAAUCCAUCA